AUGGAGUCCCCGUCGGGCUCGGCACCAGCAGAUGACAAAAAGGGAGGACUCGAACUUGCUCGAGGAGCCGGCCAUAGAGCGGAAGCGCUCCGGCGGCCGCUCCCCCACACAACUUCACCGCGAGCACAGUCGCGACUUAUCUCAGGGGUUCCGGCACUACCCGAGGACAACAAGUAUAGGCAGCAAAGGGAGUCGAAAAGCGCGCUGCUGGGCAGUAGACAGCCGAGCGAGGACAGUAGGACGUUACGGUUUACGGUAAAUGGCGGGGCGCCGACGAGUCCGAAUGAGUCGUUCAACACCAAAGGGAACUGGAUGCGGCGGUUAUCAGUUGCGCCGGGGCUUGCGCUACGCGAAGCAGGCCUGUCGCGGAUACGAGUGCGUGGCCACCUCGGUCACCUCCAGUAUGGGGAGAUUUUGAAGCGCUUCGAGCGGCAGAGUACCUUUCACGGCAUCUGCCACGCGUCGUUGGCCCCGAAUAAAAGUGGCGGGAUCUUUUGGUACACCGCAUUCGGGAUCUGCUUCCUUUUUCUGCUCGUGCAGGUCGUCUUUCUCGUCAUAAAGUAUCGGGAGUACAAGAAGACGGUCGAUCUUGAUCUCAAAUUUGAAAAUGCACCAUUCCCGUCGAUCACAUUGUGCAACUUGAAUCCGUAUAAAAGAAGUGCUAUAAUGCAGAAUCCAGAGACUAAAAGACGG